CACCAGCAUGGAAAAAUAAUUGCCAGCUAGCUUCGUCGACAUCCUCCUCCCAUUCAAAAUUAUUCCGUUUUAUUCCCUUCAAUUCUAGGCCCGCUUGGCUGGUAGUGUUUCGCUAUGGCUGUAGCAGGUGACGAAGGCGCUGGCUGUAGCGGGGCAGAUGCUGUGUCGAGGUUGUCCGACGAGGAGCUCUGUCUCGUCCUUGAUCGCCUCGAAAGCGCCGACGACAUCGUCAGAGCAUCUGCUGCGUGCAAGCGCUGGAAACGGCUUGCUUUUCGGGGUCCGGCGCUGGUUUUCUCGGAAUUCAAGAAACCUUUUCCGGAACGAACCCUCACUCAGCUAGUGCUCAAGACCUCAAAUCUGCAAACGCUUGUUGCGGAUUUCCACGCACUUUCAGCCGCACGCUAUCAUGAGACUUCCGACGAGCCGCCUCAUGGAAGCAUAAUCAGUGAGCACUACCUUCUGAUGUGGCUUCGCCAAUGCCCUAAUCUGCUAAGGCUCUACAUGUCGUCAUAUGACGGAGUCUCCAGGUCCCAGUGGCUGAGACAUAUCAUUGCCCAUGCUCCAAACCUCACAGUCCUCUCUCUGCGAGGUUGCGAUUUUUUCCAAGAUUCCGUGGAUUCGGUAUUUUUGCUGCAGAAUCUGGUAGUAUUGGACCUGGGAUGCCUCAGCAUCAAGAGGGACUGGGGCACCCGUCUGAAAAGUUUGGUCAAGCUUCGGAGAUUGUGGUUGAUGGUGGAUAAGGACUUCAAAGGCGAUUUUUCAAGCCGAACACUGGAGUUUCUGGACCUGAAAUCCGAGACACGGGGGGACGAGAGGUACGAAACGGAUCUUGGGAUGGGGCUUCAAUUGGAGCUGGACCUCCCUGUUCUGAAACACCUCGAGGUGGAUGGUAUGUCGAGGCUUCUUGUGCGUAACUCUCCCUUGCUCAAGCACGUCGAGCUUGGCUGCUCCAAGUGCGACUGUACUUUUACAAAUCCUUCAGCGGCUGUUCGUUUUCUCGCUCUGCGGAUGCGAGACCCUGAUGAGAUGCUCCAACCCGAAUCUCUGUUUUUUCAAAGUCCCAGCAGUAUUCAGGAGCUCCAUCUUCAAGGGCGGAUGCAAUGUCCUUCAGGAUUUAGUCUUCCGUCUCUCAGAUCCCUCCACAUGUCACUCGAGCCUUAUCCUUUUGACACAACACGGGCAUUUCUGCAGUGUGCUUCAGGAACCACCUCCAUUGAAUGGCUCAUUGACAAGGAACUGCAUUCUGUCUGGGAUGAUGAGGAUGCUUGUUCCGGAAACGACUUUGCAACAUCCUUGGGUGAUGUUGUAAGGCGCUGCCCAACCCUCAAGACGGUGAAGGUAGUCUUUUUGGAGUUUCAGUAUUCCUUUUUUGCUGUUGCAAAUGGUCUCAUCAAACUGGCUAAAACCUUUCCACGAGUAGACUUUUCCCUCCAUCAGGAUAACGAUUGAUGGUAGCUUUGCUGGAUUGUUUCCAUUCUUUAGUUGCCUUUUUUAUUUUCCGCUGAGCUUUAGUCCCGAAUGUGAUCAGCAGGACGUGCAGCAACAUGAAGUAGGCUCACCUGUCUUAGUGUCUUUCUAAUGCAUCGUAUAUUCAUAGUUGUGGCGUGGCGUCAUAAAAAAGGUCGCUUUGAGACAAAGUAUCUUUUGAACAAUGCGCUGUAGUUCAUUUAGGCACGAGUGUACUGCUGGAACCUUUAUCGAACCCAGGCAGCAAUGUUUUCCUGUCCCCGCGCCUGUGAAUGGAAGCAUUGCCAGCCGGGAAAACACUUCCUAACGUGCUGCAGCAGCUACGUCAGGCAUCUGAAGCUCAUUUUACAACUCUACUGCAAUUCUAGGUCCGCAUGCACGCUGGUGAAGGUCGUAGGACGUAGGUCGUGUUGCCGUUUCAGUUCCGCUUGUUCUGUUAUGACUGGAGCAUGUGCUGCGGAUGUAGGUCGUGGUGGAGAGGAUGGUCUAUCGAGGUUUUCCGACGAGGAGCUUCUUCUCAUCCUUGAUUAUCUCUCAAGCGCCAAAGACAUCAUUCGUGCAUCGGCGACGUGCAAGCGUUGGAAACGACUAGCUUUUAGGGGUCCAUCGCUGGAGUUUGUGGGGUUCAAACGGACUUCACCGGAACGAGCACUCACCCAGUUGGUGCGAAAAACUUCAAACUUGAGCUCACUUUCUGCUGUAUUUGAUCAAGCUACAGUCGAUGGCAGCGAAACCUUGAACCUUCAUGAUAAAAAACCGUCCGAGCACUAUCUUCUGAUGUGGCUUCGCCAUUGUCCCAAUCUGACAAGGCUCUGCUUUAUGGCAUCUGAAGGCUUUGCCAGGCCUCGAUGGCUAAGCCAUAUCGUCUCCCAUGCUCCGGAUCUUGUGGUCCUCUCCCUUAACGGCCCGGAUUUCCAGCAAGAUUCCCUGGAUAUAGUGACUUCACUGAAGAGUUUGGAGGAGUUGGAGUUGGAAUGUCCGCGGCUUAAAAGUGAUUGGACGACCUGCCUCACUAGCCUGGGCUACCUUCAGAAGUUGACUUUGACGGUGGAUGCGAGCUUCAGAGACACGCUUUCGAGCCAAAGAUUGAGGUUCCUCUGCCUGAAGUCUGACUCCAGGCGGGAGAGGUACAUCCAAGUUUAUCGAACGGGGUUCGACUUGAAGCUGGAUCUUCCUGCUCUGGAAACCCUCCAGCUGGAUUGUGUGGCAAGGUUGCUGGUGAGCAACUCUCCCUUGCUUAAGCAUGUGGAGGUUGACUGUCUGAAUAAUGAUGUGAGUUUCCUGAAUCCGUCUCGAACCCUCCACUUUCUUUCUUUGCGGAUGCAAAGCCUUGAUGAGGAGCUCCACCUCCAGCCUGAACCUUUUUUGCUGCCAAGUUUGAACAGUAUUCAGGAGCUUCGUCUUCAGGGGCGGAUGAGUCAUCUCUCAAGUUUUGUGCUUCCGGGUCUUAAGUCCCUCCACAUGUCACUUGAACCUUAUCCUUUUCAAGGAAUGAGGGACUUUAUGAAGCAUGCUCCAGGAAUUACGUCCAUUGAAUGGUCCAUUGCUGCUCGGCUGGACAGUGCGUGGUAUCGGAAGGAUGGCCCUUCUCCAGAUGAGAUUGCAAGAGCCUUGGGUGAGAUCAUAGCAUUGUGCAAAUCCCUCAAGAGCGUGAGGGUUGUCUUCAUGGACAGUAUGGAUGUCCUCUUCACUAUUGCAAACGGCAUCAUGAAACUGCAGAAAGCCUUUCCACAUCUGGAUGUUUCUCUUCACAAGGAUUUUGAGGUCGAGGAGUCUGAUAGUGACCUUGGGUCUGACAGCGAGCUUGAGUCUGAUAGCGAACUUGAGUCUGAUAGCAAUUCUGAUUGACGGGUUGCUUUCAUCCGAUCUCUUUCUAUACCAACGAUUUUAUAUGGCAGCGGCACUCUGCUUUCAGUACAAGCUUUCUUGUGGCUUGAGGGAUCAGGGGGACAUGAAUUAUGCACCCUUAGCAAGAGCCCUAGGUGGUGGUAUC